AUGAACAACAACAAUUCUAGCGGUGCUACCAGUAUUGGCUUCAAUGCAAGACUCUUGCAGGAGAUGGUGGCAAUGAGAUCAAAAGUCAGCCAACAAGGCGUACAAUUGAAUGUCUUGAACGAUGGAUUUCGACAACAAUUCAUGUCACCAUUGGAAGACGCUGGCAGCAAUUUGGCAACAAGAAUCAUCCUGGAUCCGUUGUACAGAAGCCAGGGCCAGAGCUUCUCCUGUGGAGAGGUACAAGGCAACGCUGUUGACAAUGCUGUUGCCAAUGCUGAUGCCAACCCCAAUGUGUCUUAG